AUGGCCCUGUCGUCGGCGCCCGCAUUGUCCGCCGUGUUGCGAGAUUGCUGUGAUGAAUUUACAUUCUACGAAAACGAGCCAACACGUACGAGAACACCCGCACGCCAACACGCUGGCAACGUGCAGAUGGGCGGGGCAGCGGGAACAAGACGCAAACUCGAUCGCGAUCGGCACAAACGCGUACCCGCAAUCGCAGCCGGCGAAUAUAAUCUCGCUGGACGCAAGCGGAGCAGUAGUAAAUCAUACCAUUGCGAACGCGCUGUACAUCAAGUACGACAUUGCGAAGGGGGAGGUUGCGUACGAGACAGUGACGCGACGCACACGGUGCUGGACCAACUGAACACGGUGAGCUACAACUACAAGACGGAAAAGGACGAGGCGCAUGUGGGGUUCAUUGAGGACGACAUCAGCGACGGGUGA